AUGGUGGACAAAUCUCGACUGGUAGAGGUGCUACCAGAGCGAGUAGGAUCAGUCUCUUCGCCACAUUUUCCCCAUAACCUCGAUGAUGGUCAAGAUUAUAGCUGGUCUUUAAGUUCAUUCAAAAAAACCUUUAAAGCGCAUAUAACACGAAAAUCUGAUUGGAGAAUAGAGUUUGAUCUGAUCGGCUUAGAUGCAAGUAUUGCAAAUGCGAUCAGAAGAGUUCUUCUUGCUGAAGUACCAACGGUUGCGAUUGAACAAGUUUUCGUUUUCAAUAAUACAAGUAUUAUUGUGGAUGAAGUGCUUAGCCAUCGAUUAGGCUUAGUGCCAAUCAAAGUUGAUCCAGAAAGAAUUGAUGAACGUCCAGAAGGAGUAAUGCCAACAGACCGAAACACAUUGGUUUUCAAGCUAGAAGUUGCUUGUAAUAGGAUCUCCGACGAUCCAAAUUUGGAUGAAUCGGAACAAAUUGAAAAUUUGAAAGUCUUAUCAAGCGCAUUAGAAUGGGAUCCAAAAGGAACGCAAUCAGAAGAUUUCGCUGAUGAUCCACCAAGACCAGUUCAAUCGGAUAUCUUAUUGGCAAAGCUACGACCAGGACAAGCGAUCAAGAUGGAAUUACAUUGUGUUAAGGGAGUAGGAAAAGAUCAUGCAAAAUUCUCUCCCGUUUCAACUGCCUCUUAUCGACUUUUACCACAUAUCGACAUUCCUGAUCCAUCGGCAAUCGAACCUGAACAUAUCGAAAAAUUUGUUUCUUGCUUCCCGCCCGGUGUGAUCGGAGUACGUAAACACAAGGAGACGGGUCGUCAAGAAGUUUACGUGAAAAACGCACGUAAGGAUACUGUUAGCAGAGAGGUGCUACGGUAUAAGGAAUUCGAAGGAAAGGUUUCUUUAGGUAGAAUUCGUGAUCAUUUCUUGUUCGAUAUCGAAUCAAGCGGCGUGAUUCCACCGCAAAAUUUGGUGCCUGCAGCGAUUAAAGUGUUGAAAGAAAAGAUCAGAGCGGUACGAAGUGGGGUGGAACGAUUGGAACAACAAUAUGCUCACAUUCCUCAACGAUGA